UUCCCUGAAGAGGAUUCAGAUAUGCUGAUGGAGCCAAAUGAUUACACGCCCAUCACAGUGCUACGCUCACAUGAACAUUCUUAUCAUGUGCCACCAACACAUGAAUUUCGUCCCAUUAUAAAUACACAAAUUUCACCACGUUCCGAUGCUGCUCCAAUUGACUCACACACACAAGCAGCUCAAAACUACUAUCCACCAUUUUUCCGUGAAAUACCACCGCUAGGUCACUCAAGACCAUACUUCCCUCUACCCGAUGUCCCAGUUGUACCUAAAUAUGCUGCUCCUCAUCCAGAAUCUCUAACAUCAGCACCACAACGUAGUUUCGAUACUGCCCUUUUAGGUUCGGGCGAUUUUGGUGUUCUGCGUGGUGGCACAUUCUAUCCAGAAGAAGAAAUGCCCUAUCAUCCAGAUGACAACAGUGAUUUCAAUCAAUUUUAUGGUGAUUCUAAUAACGGCCAUGGCCGUCCAUCAACUGAAGGCUUCAUUGAAAAGUACACUUAUCCUGAAGAACAAUUUGCCAACUUCCGCGACUUCGCUGACAUCAAUACACCCGCCGACUCUGCCUUCUCACAGUUUGUUGUUGUGUAUGCAGCCAAAAACUCCACAAAUCCCAGCACACAUAAGCGACCCAAAAAUAUAUUUGAGCAACUGGAACAAUUGGAUCGUGAAAAAGAAUUGGAAGAAAAGAAAAAUCGCACAAGUAAAUCCAAAUCAAAAUUGGCCAAAACAAAAGUUCAGAAAAAAUACAAAAAGAAAGCGGCUCCGAAAGAUUUAGAUUAUGAGCCAUUGUUGGCUCUGAGUUAAAUGUAAAAAAU